AUGGCGGGACUGUCAUCUACGAGGGAGUUGCUCCGAAGGGGUUGGCCGAAGGACAAGCUGGUGCUGUUGGAAGCGUCCUCGAGGUUCGGGGGGCGGAUGCGCACACGUCACCACGGGCCCGCCGGGGGGGGGCUGUGCUUCGACCACGGGGCGGCGUACAUCCACGGCACCUUGGGAAACCCCCUCGUAGACUUGGCCAACGGGGCCGGCAUCGGUUUGAAACAGGUAUCAGAGUCGAACCCCUGGAUAGAGGCAACGCCGUCGGUAUCCCUUUUCUACGGCGGCGAGCGAGCGGGUGAAGCCGAAACCGCCGCGAACGACGAGGCGUUCUGUGAGCUGAUGGGCCGGGUCAGGGCCAUGGCGCAGGGCUGCGACGACGCCGAAGCUCCCGCCGGGGACGCCAUCGAGAAGCUGCUGCUGGACGAGCCGUUUCGCUCCUUCUCCGUGCCGGAGCUGGCCCGGUUGCGGAUGAGGGUCCUCACGCUGGCUCUAUGGCACGGGUGCGACGUCCAGGAUAUGCAGCUAAGAUCGCUCGAGUUCGAAGACAAGCCGUUCCACGGCGGGCAGGGGGUCUACGGUGACUUCCCCGGGCCGCAUUGCGUGGUGGAGGGGGGCGUGGAGCGCAUCGCGGAGGUGGUUGCUAUCCCGCAGGUUCGAGAGUGUCUCCGCCUCAACGCGCGCGUCAGCCGGAUAGCCAUCUUGGACGCCGACAAGGCUGCUGCCGCCGCCGCUAUUGCCGCUAACAAGACGAGCGGACGACCAGCAGCGGUGGCUAAGGCCGGACAUGUACAGGUGGUUGUUCAUAAGCAGGCGGUGGUGGGAGGGUCCGGGGACGGCGCGGAGGAGGAAGAAGAGGAGUUGGUGCUGGCGGAGGCGGUGAUCGUGGCGGUGCCGCUGUCGGUGUUGCAGGAGGGGACGGUGGAGUUCGAUCCCCCUCUAUCUGAGGAGACCAGCUCGGCCUUGUCCAGGCUCAGCAUGGGGAACUACGAGAAGAUCAUGAUGGAGUUCGCGGAGCCCUUCUGGCCCGCCGACACCCCGUUCAUCGGGUGCUGCACCCCGUCCCUCGAGAGAGCGCCGCCGGCCGCACCGGUGCCAACAACCGCACCGGGGCCAGCAACCGCCGACGGAGGGUCGUAUUCCCCGACUCCCCCCGCUCCGAGACCGAGGACGACGGUGUCGGGAUCGGCGCCGCGGAUGACCGCCGACGGUGGCGGGGCCGCACCGCCAUCAUCGCCGGGUGCCGCGAAUCCGUCGUCUCUCCUUGCCGCGGAGAACGGCCAUACCCCGGCAUUGGCAGCUGCUGCUGCGGGAGCAGCAGCUACACCGGCGGCGGCGGCGGAAUCGGCGGUUGUUGGUGGUGCCCCGCCGCUCCCCGCGAGCCCUGUGUUUUUGGAGAACCACUUGUGGUCGAAAGGGGUGCCGGUGCUGACCGCCGCGGUUACCGGCGAGCGGGCUCGGAUGGUGUCCGCCGCUGCCCGUACGAUGGUUGGGGGGGAGGGGGCGGGGAGCAGCGGGGCGGCGGAGGAUGGUUGGAGGGCCUCGCACGCUAGAGAGAUGUACCGCAGGUUGAUCAAGCCCGCGCUCGUCGAGGGUUUGGGGGGGAAGGGAGAGGACCUACCGGAGCCGGUGUCGGUGUUCGUGACAAGCUGGGGGCAGGAGCCCUUCCAGCGAGGCUCCUACAGUUUUUUCCCCCUGGGGGCUCGAGACGACGAUAUUCACACGGCAGGGCGGGGGGCGGCUUUCGGGCCGCCGGGGGGGGCCGCGGAGGGCGGCGAAGGGGGGGGGUCCGAGCGAGUUUUCUUCGCGGGGGAGGCCACGGUCCCAGGGCUAGAGGGAAGCAUGCAUGGGGCUUAUCUAUCCGGGGUGCGUGCGGCAGAGGACGUCGCGUAUGCCUUCGGCUUGCCCCUGUGA